AUGUGAACACUAUUUCCAGUUCAGUUCUGUCUGCGAUCUCCGCGUAAAUACUCGGAAGGGAACUUUCCACGGCAGGCGAUUACAAAUAGAGCAGCGAUCACUAUGUGGGCAGAUCUUGCGGGAAAGGUGAUCUUGGUGACCGGAGCAGGAGCCGGAAUUGGCCAGGCCCUAGUCAAGCAGCUGGCAUCCGCGGGAGCCAUCGUCAUCGCGGUGGCCAGAAAGCCGGAGCAGCUCCAGGAGCUGGUGGCCUUCAAACCGGAGCGCAUCCAGCCCCUGCUCCUCGACCUCAGCAGGUGGCAGGCGGUGCGCGAGGGCCUGGCAAAGGUGCCUCAACUGGACGGACUGGUCAACAACGCGGGCGUGGCCAUCAUCAAGCCGUUCGAGGAGCUCACCGAACAGGAUUUCGAUACCCACUUUGAUGUGAACAUAAAGGCGGUUUUCAGUGUGACCCAGGCCCUGCUGCCCCGCCUCAAGGAUGGAGCCUCCAUCGUCAACGUGUCCUCGAUAGCGUCGACCCGAUCCUUUGGUGGCCACACCGCCUACAGUGCCACCAAGGCGGCCCUCGACUCGCUGACGAAGUCACUGGCCCUGGAGCUGGGUCCGCGCAAGAUCCGUGUCAACUCCGUCAAUCCGACCGUGGUGCUGACCAAAAUGGGCGCCGACAAUUGGUCGGAUCCCGCCAAGAGUGGGCCGUUGUUGGCCCACAUUCCGCUGAACCGAUUCUGCGAGGUGCAGGAGGUCGUGGACGCCACCGGUUAUCUGCUGAGCAGCAAGUCCAGCUUCGUGAACGGUCACCACAUCCUUCUCGAAGGAGGCUACGCCGUUUCCUAAGAAUAAAUUUUAAAACUCCAAUGUGAAAUCCGGAAGUUCGAUAAAGUAAAACAUAAAGCCAGCACAAAAA